AUGGAUCCUCAUGGCUUCUCCAACCAUAGGGGGUAUCCACCACCAUCCGAGUUGUAUUACCCCGAGACUUCCUGGAGCAAUCAAGGAGGAGAUGACUAUGGAUUCGGGUUCCAGUACCAGCCCCCUUACUACGGAGAACAAUCAAACCCCUGGGCAUAUCAAGAAGAAUUUCUCCCACAACCAAAAGGGCCAUUGGAGCUGGAGUUAGCCAUGGCGGCCUUCACGGGCCAUUCUGCAGAGCCAUGCUACACUCCACGGCCAGAUCCAAACUAUGAAUUGAGGCUUCUCGUGGAGCAGUUUGCUCGAGACACUGAGAGAACAUACUCCAAGAUGGAUCUUUGUACCCAGGCCUAUCGUGAAACAGAGGAGAUCCUCCUGAGCAUUAAGAAGAGCCUCGAGGAUCUUGAGAAAUCUUAUGCACAGCCUGCUGAAGAUCACCCUUCUGCUACUGUACUAGAAGAGGUGGAGGAAGACGAAGGCUACGAAGACAUUGUGGAGCAGACAAAAGUUGUCACGGAGAGCUCCUGUGAUGAUCAUGAUAAAAAAUGUCUUGUCGUAGCCGACCACACCUUCCCACAUCCCACAUAG